CUGCUACCGUUUACUUUAGUUACAUCAGCUCACAGGCUCAUUUAUAAAAGCUCCAUCCAGGGGGGGGUUGCAUCGUUGAAAUGAAGUUUGUGAAGCAGUGAAGACCAAACUGCUGCUGAAGGAAAUCCUGCUAGAAAGAUUAAAAGGCCUCCGGGAGGAUGAAGUGUCCUGCUGCUGCCGUGGUGUUGCUGAGUCUUCUCUCCCUCGGACGCUCGGCCCCCGUGAGCAGCUGCGACACUCUGCUAAAACCCAUUACCAUCACCAAUGAAGAAAUGUUGGGGAGGUGGCUGUACGUCGGCGGGAGCUCUGACAUCCCAGGAAGCCGCUCCCUCGGCCACCUGAUGACCAGCGCCUGGCUGGACCUCACCACAACCUCACAGAGCAACGUCCUGCACCUCGUCCAGAAUCAGAGGAUAUAUGGACAGUGUUCCAGCUUGGCGUACGACGUGAACUUCGAUAACAGCACCAUGUUGAUCGAGCAGCCUUUCUACCUUAAAGAAGUCUACCUGUCAACGGAGUGCCCCGACUGUCUGGUCGCCCAUGAAGACGUCAAGUCUGGAAAAGACUAUUUUACCAGUCUUCUUAUGUUCAGUAGGAGCAGGAGCAUCUCGCCUGCUGCUCAGGAAAUGUUAAAGAAGCAAGCAGACUGUCUGGAUAUGCCGCCGCCGAUAUUUGUAGACUCAAACAACGAAAUGUGCCCGGAAAACCUCACGCCCUCGGAGGGGCUCAGCGCCCUCAACUCCUUACUGGAAGCCAGGAUGGGACAUCGGGUUGCAAGACUUCUGGACGCCAUUUUUGAUAUGUUUGUGAACUGAUUUAAUCUUAGUGUUGACCAGGGGCGAAAAUCCCGGGGGGGACAGGGGGGACAAGUCCCCCCCAUUAGUAAAGCUGUCCCCCCCUAGAAUAAUUUGAGACAGAAUUAAUAAUUUUGGAACAAUGCAGUAGUAUUUAGUAGUGAUGCACCAAAAUGAAAAUUUGUGGCCGAAACCGAAAUCGAAAAUAAUAAUAAACAGUAAAAUCUCAUCAUUCAAGUAAAUUUUCACUUGAAAUAAGUAGAAAAAUCUGCCAGUGGAACAAGAUUUAUCUUCUUAUUACAAGCAAAAAAAAUCUUGUUCCACUGGCAGAUUUUUAUUUUAAGUGAAAACCUACUUGAAACAGGUGAAAAUUGUUGUUUUUUUCCAGUGAUGAGUCUUGUUUUAAGUGUAAUGAGAUUUUUUUUAACUAAAAAUGAGACAUUUUAACUAGAAAUAAGACAGAUAUUCUUGUUAAGAUUGUGGGUUUUUGCAGUGUAUUAUGUCAGAUGUGCUGUAUUAUUGCACCUUCCACCUAAUACCAUUGUUUUGUAUUGCUCUAAGAAAGCUCUUCUGCCUGUUUGUGAUAGAAAUGAAAAUGUCAAAAUGCUGUAUUAAAGGAAGGCUAAAACUUUUAUUCCUUGUCCCCCCCUGGAUUUAUUCUCUAAAAUGUUACUGUUUAUUGUCCCCCCCAACUAUGAAACGGGAUUUUCGCCCCUGGUGUUGACUUGUACAAAAUGUUAUAUGACAAAAUAUUAAUGAAAAUAAAGAUGGAGGAAUUUCA